UUGAUCGCUGGGGUCUAUACAUUCCGCAUACAGGUCACCGGGAAAAACAAGUUUGGGGAAGCUAGAGUCAAUGUUACUGUCGUACCACCUGCAAGGGAGAACAAACCACCAGUUGCUGUUGUAACACCGACAAAUCUGCAAGUAAAAUUGCCAAAUUCUGCCAUAUUGGAUGGUUCAGACAGUACUGAUGAUGAUAAGAUUGUCAGUUAUCAUUGGGAUGUUGUGAGUGGACCAUUACAAGAUAAAAGCAUUACAGGGGAAACAGCUAUACUAAAAUUAACUGAUCUGGUUCCCGGCAAUUAUACUUUAAAACUGACAGUUACAGAUUCUGAUGGAGCAACUAAUGCAACUACUGCCAAUGUUACAGUAAUUAAAGGUAAAGACAGAAAUCUCGGAAUAAUGUUGUUAUUGCCCAUUGUUUGGUCCUUUAAUGCUUAUUGUUUUCAUAUUUGUGAUCAUAGAAAAUGUUUCUUUUAUUUUAAGGGUGCGCGGUCUUCAGAGCUUCAUUUAUCAAACUUGGAAGUUGGGGAUUACACAUUUACCCUGAAAGUGACAGAUUCAGCAGGUCAAGUUUCUACAGCAGAUGUCCAUGUGUAUGUUAAACCAGAACAGAAUACCCCGCCAGUGGCUCGUACCGCAGGUAUUAUAGAAACAUCGUUACCUCUAGAUAAUAUAUUACUUGAUGGUAGUAACAGUACUGAUGAUCAGAAAAUCACAUCAUUCCAGUGGCAACAGACCGGGGGACCUACAAGCCUGAAUAUCAAGGACUCUGACAAAGUGCAAGCAACAGCUGGAGGUAGCAUAAAAGUCGGCAAGUACUCGUUCAAGUUGACAGUGAAAGAUGUUGAGGAGUUGACAUCGUCUGCUACGCUUGAUGUUAAUGUGAAACAAGUUCAGAAUGAGGCACCAGUAGCAGACGCAGGUGGAGAUGUUGUUGUUCAGUUACCACAGAUGCUUGUAACACUGGAUGGUUCCCGGUCUAAAGAUGAUCAUAAAAUUACAGAAUUUAACUGGGUCCGGGAUCCAAAAUCAUUGUCAGCUGGGGUAUGUAUGUUUUUAACACAGUCUGAUCACCAGGCCGUGUUACAGUUAGCUAACCUUGUGGCUGGGAAAUAUGUGUUCACGCUGACGGUGGCUGAUGCCGAGGGAUUAUCAAGUAGUGAUAAAGCUUCCAUCCUUGUAAAGCCAGCUGGUCACCAGAAAGAUUUGCUAGAGCUGACUUUAGCUACAGAUAUAUACAGCAAGAGUCAAAAGUUGAGGCGUCUGUUGUUACCUAGUGACGAGCCAACCGCGGCCGAGGGUGAGACGGUGAUAAGAUCCAUACCUAAGAUUGAUCAAAAGAAACUACCAAGUUCAGGGAAUCUCAGGAUAUUAUUUUAUGCAAUGAAUGUGAUGAGGGACACACACACAUACAGGAGUGGGGUGGAUACAUUGAAAGUAUUGAAGAAAAAACUGCUGUCUUCGCCUUAUGUGCUCCAAUUUAAAGUUGUCUAUAUUGAUACAUUAGUAUGCCAAAAUAACUGUUCCGAUCAUGGUCACUGUGAUAUGAGGUCCAAACUGUGUAUCUGUGAAGCAUUUUGGACUCAAAAUGUGUUCUUGUACUGGCUACAUGGAGAUAGUAACUGUGAUUGGAGUAUUUUAUAUGUUGUGAUAGUGAGUUUUCUGAUUGUGAUAACAUGUACUGGUGCAUCAUGGGCCUGCGUCUGCUGCUGGCAGAGAAAACGGUGUCCAUGUCACAGAUGUAGGUUACGCUCGAAGAAACGUCAUCGGUAUUCACUGUUACAUGAUGCUGAUGAUGAAACAGAAAUGACAGCUCUUAAAAAAAAUAAAAUCCAGAACAGCAGUGUCAUGAUCUCAGAGUCCGACUUUUCCUCAGAUGAAGAAGAAACAUUGUUUUUGAACCAGAAAAAAACAAACGGACAUUUAGGCCAGCUGAACGGCGUCUCAAAACAGCAUUUAAAAAACUCACUAAAGACGUAGUGUUUACGUGAUCUGUUGUUGUUUUUGUUGCUGAUGAUGUAAUUGUGUUUUCGGGUGAUUUUGCAAAAGUGAAAAAGGUUGUUAUAGAUUUUUAUAAGUGAUUUAAAUUUGUAUAUAAAAUUUUAUAUGAACAAUAUGUAAUAUAUAUAAUUGGUGUUUAUUUAAAUGUGAGGGGGGUGUUGAUUUAGAGUUACUCUGUUAUGAAUGAAUACGGCGAUGAAAAGGGCAUAUUUAAAUAUAGUUAUUUUAUUCUGCUAUUACAAUGUUUUGCUUAUAAAGUCAUGCCCUUAUUCUAUUAUUUUUCCCAUAUAAUUAUUUCACCAAGUUGCUCACCAAUUAUCUGUCUGUUCAUUUGUCUGUCAGCACAAUGCUGUUUUCAACAAAGAAAAAAAACCAUAUAAAAGUAAAUAUAUAUCAUAAGUAUAAGAUAAUAAAGUUAAUAUUAGCGGCUUGAAUAAUAUAGCAAAUAACAAUUUAAAAGCAACCAUAUAAUCUUUGAUUAUAUUAUAAUGCAAAAUUACACUUUUUGAUUAUAUGUAAUAGGAAUCAAUUUAUGAAUUCACAACAGAUUUAAUCCCCCCAGUCUUGGGGGAGGGGGGUUGAAUAAAUUGUCAAGGGUCCAAAAAAAAUUGAAAGUUUGAAAUCCUUAUGGCUUAGACAUGAUUUAAGGUAGAUUUUUUAUCCCUUGGAAAAAUGAUUUGGCAAAGGUCCAAAAAUUGAAAAAUAUUUAUCACUGUCUUGUAAUUAACAUUAGUUAACAUUCUUUGCUGUAAUAGUACAAUUUUUAAAUUUUGUUGCUAAUUUAUUUCUUGUAUAUUUUGCGAUUAUUUUAUUUUAGCAGGGGCCAUGGUAAAACUCACUCUUUGGACUGCUUUGCUCAUUAAUUUCAUUGAAUAUAUUAAGGUGUUGUUUUUUUUCUCAUUGAUCUCUAUGAUCUGUAUUUUGCUGUUUAGAUAAUUUCUCACUCAUCCUCAGUGCAAUAUGCUAUGUCUUCUAAAUUCCGUGUAAAGUAUAUGCAUAAUUACAUAUUUAGACUAGUACACAUUGUGAUAUAUCCAUGUAAACACAUGCAUUCCAGAACAUAUAUUAAGAGAGAGACACAUAUGUGUGUAAUGAAAAAUUAACAUGAAUUAAGAUGUCAUGUUAAUAUUUUAAGUUUGAAGGUUGAAAAAGGAUAUUUCUUCCAAAGUAAAAAUAUCUGGAAAAAAUGAUCCCUCAGAAGCAUUAAAAUCAGCAAAAUUAUAUAAAAAUAAACCUCAAAAGUAGUUCGCAGUAUAACUUGACAGUAAAUUAUAAAUCAUAUUUAGUACAAAUUUUUUAUAUGAAUAUGUAGCAUUAGGUCUGUCUGAUUUUUGUGAUGAUAAAUAAUUUAUAUUUGAACUUAAUUCAGAAAUUGUUUUAUUAAUAACAGCAUAGUUAUGAAAAUCAAAUAUUCUUGCAAAUGAAAAGUAACCCCUUUAUUUGAAAAAUUUACUCAUUUGAAAUCAAAAAUGAUUUACUUCCCUUUGUAUUUAGGUAUUGAUAGAAUAGAAGCAAAGAUUGUAAUUAAUUUAGAAAUCUUUAUAAUGUUUUUAUUUAUGAUAUUAAUUAGAAAUAUAGAAUUAUGUAAUGUGUUUUUGUAAUAUUGUUCUUUCCCAUUGCAAAAAUGAGGUGAAAAGAAAAUUAUAUGUGAUUUAGGUAAAUUUACUGAUUUUUUUCUAAUCAUUAAUUAUGGAGGUAAGAAUAAUGAUUUAAUACAUCUUUUUACACAGUUUUUGAAAAAUGACUAUUAAAAAUACAACUGCAUAUAAUUAUGUAAGUAUGAAACCUUUCAGUUUUGUUAAUAUGCAAACUUUUUGUCAAUAUAAUCUGCAAGUUAUUUGUAAUACAGUUUAAAAUACUCAUAUUUAUCCGUUUAGUAUAGCACAUUAGGCCAAAACAGAUUUAAUGCAUACCGGUAACUUAUAGCAUUUAGUAUUUACUGCUCUUUAUGCAUAUCAUAUGGCAUGAAUUUGGGCAACUCAUAAUUAUGAAUGAUUUAUAACAUAAUUAAAGCAAUCUACAAAUCUACAUGAUAUUUUAUCAUAAAUGAGUCUUCACAACUUUAUACAAAUUUUAAAGCAUUUAGUGUUAUUCCUGUUUUUACAGAAUAUACUACAUAAGUUCAGGUGUUUAUGUAAAGUAUUAAGUUUAAAUUCAGUUGAUAUGUUUAUUCAUAAGAUAAAUUCAGUGUGUUAAGUUUGUGCAUUGCAUGAAUUAGGUCUGUCAUGUUUAUGCAUAGCAUAAAACCAAGCUGUCAUGUUUAUGCACAGCAUAUAUUCAACCUGUCAAUGUAAACAUGGCAUAAAUUCAGCCUGCAAUGUGUAUGCACAGGUCAAGUUUAUGCAUAGUAUAAAUUCAGCCUGCAAUGUGUAUGCACAGGUCAAGUUUAUGCAUAGUAUAAAUUCAGCCUGCAAUGUGUAUGCACAGGUCAAGUUUAUGCAUAGUAUAAAUUCAGCCUGCAAUGUGUAUGCACAGGUCAAGUUUAUGCAUAGUAUAAAUUCAGCCUGCAAUGUUUAUGCACAGGUCAAGUUUAUGCAUAGUAUAAAUUCAGCCUGCAAUGUGUAUGCACAGGUCAAGUUUAUGCAUAGUAUAAAUUCAGCCUGCAAUGUGUAUGCACAGGUCAAGUUUAUGCAUAGUAUAAAUUUAGCCUGCAAUGUGUAUGCACAGGUCAAGUUUAUGCAUAGUAUAAAUUCAGCCUGCAAUGUUUAUGCACAGGUCAAGUUUAUGUAUAGUAUAAAUUCAGCCUGCAAUGUGUAUGCACAGGUCAAGUUUAUGUAUAGUAUAAAUUUAGCCUGUCAAGGUAUGCAUGACAUAAAUUCAGCCUGUCAUGUUUAUGCACAGCAUAUAUUCAGUCAGUCAUGUUAAGUUUGUGCAUAGCAUACAGCAAAUGUUUAUAAAUGGGUAUGGUAGACCUUAAUAUAGCAGGUAAUGUUAUACAUAGACUUAAAGGCAUUUAGAAGUAAUUUAUGACUAUAAUUAAUUAUUUUGCAUCAUUGGAAAAUAUAGUUAGUGUGUUUAUAUCUAAUAGUUUCUAAUAUAUUAUCAAAAUAGUUAAGUCAGAAUUCCAUGACAGCAUAGUAUAUAACUUGUUUUAGAGUUUGUUUGUAUGAUGUAUUUAUUUAUUGCAUUAUGUUGAUUUGUCACUGCAUUUCUUGUAAAUCCUAUAUUUAAUAUAUGUUAUGUUUUAUAACUUAUAAUCAUGAUUGCUUACUAUACUUAUGGACCAUGCAAUAUUGGAAUUAAUUGCUUGGUAGAGCAAUGGUGUAGAUUAUUUUGUAGCAUUUAUUUACCAAAAUAAUGGUUACUUUAUCUAUUCAUUGACCAUGCAAUAUUGAAAUUUAUUGUCUGGCAGUGCAUUGCUAAUAGCAUUUCUUUACUAAAAUUAUGGUUACUUUAUAUAUUCAUUGACCAUGCAAUAUUGAAAUUUAUUGCCUGGCAGUGCAUUGCUAAUAGCAUUUCUUUACUAAAAUUAUGGUUACUUUAUCUAUUCAUUGACCAUGCAAUAUUGAAAUUUAUUGUCUGGCAGUGCAUUGCUAAUAGCAAUUCUUUACAAUUAUUAUGGUUACUUUACAUAUUCAUUGACCAUGCAAUAUUGAAAUUUAUUGACUGGCAGUGCAUUGCUAAUAGCAUUUCUUUAGCAAAAUGAUUGACUUUGGAAUAUAGACCACUUGUAGUAUGGCACUGCUAGUCAAUAAAUAGAAAUGAUAUAGUGUUCUAGAUAAAAGUGUUCUAAGUUUAAGAUACUGUCAAAAUAUAUAAUUAUGAUAACCCAGUACAUUAAACCACUAAUUUUUUUUUGCUGAUUCAUUAAAAUCCAGUAUUUAUCGCCAUAUAAGAAAGUUGAGUUGUCUAUCUUGUAUUGUUCUUGUAAUUAAAAAAACUCAGAUUUAUAUACUGACAUUUUAUUUAAGAAAUCCAUAUAAAUGUUUUAUAAUUUAAUAUGUAAAAUAAUUUGUUAUAGUUUGUCAUUGAACAAUUUUGCUCUCUUAAUAGGUUUAACCACUAACAUGCUUAAUAUCUUUAAUCUUAAGGGGAGCGGUGGCCUUGUGGUUUAAGCAGUCUGCCUCUGAACCCAGGGAUCAUUGGUUUGAGCCCUUAUUGGGUCACAACCAUGUUUCUUCAUAUGACACCUUUUCUUGAAAGUGAUUAAUAUAAGUUGCAAGAACUUGUCUUAUAAUCAAGCUUAAAUGACAUGUUUAAAUCAAUAACUUAAAUGCACUUAGACUAAUCAAGUUUCUUGAAAACUUUAAAAUAUGUACUGACUGAAUAGCGAACAGUGCAGACCAUGAUCAGAUGGCACAAGAUGAGCGGACUGAUUUUGGUCUACACUGGCUGCAUUGGUAGAACCUGUUGCUGCCAGCAGGCUUAAGGUUAAAGGCUCUCCUCUCCACCAAAUGUCCAUAUAUGUUUUAUAUAAGCUACUAUGCACAACUAUUAAUCGAGGGUGGGCUUUAAAAAUUUAUUUGGUUACUUUGAUUAUAAGCUUGUAAUAUACAAAUUUUGGUACAAAUAUAAAAUGUAUGUUUUAAAUUUUAACGGAGCUUCACUGAGGUCAAUUAUGCAUAAAAUCAUAAAUUUUCAAAUUUCAACUUAGGUCGACAGGUGCACUUGAAAUGGAACACAACAUACAAUAGAUAAUGAAGAUGUACUUUCAGCAUGCAAUUAGGCCUGCUGAAUUCUUGUAAUGAAUUUGCGAAAUUUACAAUUGCUCUUCAGUUUUGUUUCGGAAAUGGAUAUCAAUUUAGAUUGCAUUGUGGAGUAAUGCACAGUUUGAGUUCAAAUGCAUAGGAAUAUAAUCAGAAAGGCCAAUAGACCCCAGUGAUGAAUUACAAAGCAUUUGAAUGAGAAAAUGUGCAUUAUUAUACUAAAAUGCAAGAAAAUUUAAUAUCUAUUUCCAUCUAACAUGCUAAUAAAAAAAAACAUUGAUAAAUUUAUGUUAAACUACAUUGAGCGUACAAGUAAUUUUCCUGAUGUCAUUUGGUUUUUUGACAUCAGAUCUGAUGUAAAAUGAUGUGUAAGAUUAGAAUUCCACUUCAAUGCUGUGCAUAUAUUAUGUAAUAAUGUCCUAGAACUGUUUAAUAGGGGAAUAGUGUGAAGCAUGUUAGGAUUUUCUAUUUAAGUGCAAAUUUAUAUUUAAGUUCGAGGCAAAUUUUCUACAAAAAUCCAUAUUCAGUUUUAAACCCGUUAAGUCUUGUUUGUCAUACACAUAAAAACAAUAAUGAUAAGUUAUGCAAUUAGAUUGUUAUGCUUUCUGUUUUGGUUUGAGAUUUUAUAUAUAUACAUGUAUAUAUAUAUGAUGGAGAUGAUUUAUGUUGUUAUUGUUGUUUAACUUAAGUUUAUUUACAAUUUUCAUAUAUUUAGUGCUGUGAGGGAUGGUAGAAGUCUCCACAUAUUGAUCUACAAAAACUGUUCAUUUAUUUAUUGAGAUUUAUCUAUGUGUGUAAUUUAUAUUCAUUUAUGAUUUUUACUCUAUGUUAAUUUUUAGCUCACCUGUCACAAAGUGACAUGGUGAGCUUUUGUGAUCGCUUUUCGUCCGUCGUCCGUCCGGCGUCGUCCGUCCGUAAACUUUUACUUUAAAUGACAUCUCCUCAUAAACCACUAAGCCAAUUUCAUCCAAACUUCACAGGAAUGUUCCUUUGGUGGUCACCUUUAAAAAUUGUUCAAAGAAUUUAAUUCCAUGCAGAACUCUGGUUGCCAUGGCAACCGAAAGAAAAAACUUUAAAUAUCUUCUUCUAAAAAACCCUAAGAGCUAGAGCUUAGAUAUUUGGCAUGAAACAUCUUCUAAUGAGUGUCUACCAAGUUUGUUCAAAGAAAAGCCCUGGGGUCAAAAUUGGCCCCGCCCCAGGGGUCUUUGAUUUUCCCUAUAUGCAUAUAGUAAAAACUUAAAAACUCCUCUUUUAAAGAACCCAAAGAGCUAGAGCUAAGAUAUUUAGCAUGAAACAUCUUCUAAUGAGUGUCUACCAAGUUUGUUCAAAUAAAAGCCCUGGGGUCAAAAUUGGCCCCGCCCCAGGGGGUCAUUGAUUUUCCCUAUAUGCAUAUAGCAAAAACUUAAAAAAUCUUCUUUGAAAAAACCCUAAUAGCUAGAGUUUAGAUAUUUAGCAUGAAACAUCUUCUAGUGAGUGUCUACCAAGUCUGUUCAAAUAAAAGCCCUGGGGUCAAAAUUGGCCCCGCCCCAGGGGGUCUUUGAUUUUCCCUAUAUGCAUAUAGUAAAAACUUAAAAAAAUCUUCUUUUAAAGAACCCAAAGAGCUAGAGCUAAGAUAUUUAGCAUGAAACAUUUUCUAAUGAGUUUCUACCAAGUUUGUUCAAAUAAAAGCCCUGGGGUCAAAAUUGGCCCCGCCCCAGGGGGUCAUUGAUUUUCCCUAUAUGCAUAUAGUAAAAACUUAAAAAAUCUUCUUUUAAAGAACACAAAGAGCUAGAGCUAAGAUAUUUAGCAUGAAACAUGUUCUAAUGGGUGUCUACCAAGUUUGUUCAAAUAAAAGCCCUGGGGUCAAAAUUGGCCCCGCCCCGGGGGUCAUUGAUUUUCCUUAUAUGUGAAUAGCAGAAACUUAAAAAAACUUCUUUGAAAAAACCCAAAUAGCUAGAGUUUAGAUAUUAAGCAUGAAACUUCUUCUAGUGAAUGUCUACAAAUUUUGUUCAAAUAAAAGCCCUGGAGUCAAGAUUGGCCAAGCCCCGGGUGUUAUUGAUUUUCCUUAUAUGUGUAUAGCAAAAACUUUAAAAUCUUCUUUGAAAAAAACCCAAUGAGCUAGAGCUUAGAUGUUAAGCAUGAAACAUCUUCUUAUGGUUGUUUACCAAGUUUGUUCAAAUAAAAGCCCUUGGGUUAAAAUUGGCCCUGCCGGGGGGAGGGGGAAAGGGGGGAGGAGAUAGAUUGUUGUUUUUCAUUAUAUGUGUGUAGUAAAAACUUAACAUCAUGAAACAUCUUCUAAUGGGUGUCUUCCAAGUUUGUUCAAAUAAAAGCCCUGGGGUUUUAACUGGCCCCGCUCCGGGUGCCUUUAUACAGGUGAGCGACCUCAGGGCCAUCAUGGCCCUCUUGUUUAUUUAUUAAUUUGUUUGUUUGAGACUGAGCUGUAGGAAGUGGUGUAAACCCUUGUUUAAACAUAUUUAACACAUAAACAAUGGUGAAGGAGUGUAAUAAACUCAUUUAAUAAAAACAAUAUUACACUAAUGUAAUAUCAUUUUGAUGUGACAUCAUUUGCUUUGUAUACAAAUAUAGCGUUAAAGCGUGUUGGUGUUAGUGUUACACUGUAGGCGCGUCAAUGAAAAUUACUCCUUUUAACUGUAAACCAUUCUUAUGUUAUAUAUGUGAUAAACAUAAUAUUGAAUGAAUGUAGAUUCAAUGCUAAAUUUAUUUAACUUAUUGAAUAAAAUCUUAUAUUGCCAGCCUCUGGCCAGCAUGAUAUUGUUUUAGUCAACAAGUUCAAUAAAUAGUAUUGAAUCUACAUUCACUCAAUAUCCUCUAUUACUUUGAUCAACAUCAAUAAUAAUAGAUUUUUUUGAGCAUGAUUCAUUCAUUUUAUAUGUCCCCUACCGGUUUACCGGAGGGGACUUAAGGUUUACCCUCCGUCCGUCUGUCUGUCAGUCCGUCAGUCCACAUAACUGGAUCCCACGAUAACUUGAAAAGUACUGAAAAUAUUUUUAUGAAACUUGAUAUAUGGAUAGAUGGCAGUAUGGAGAUUAUGCACGUCUUUUUCUUUUCUUCCUAUGUUGAAAAUUCUGGUUGCUAUGGCAACAAAUAGGCUGAAAAUAUGGCAAAUUUUACGCAUAAACUGGAUCCAGUGAUAAUGCAAAAAGUACUGGAAAUAUUUUUAUGAAACUUGACAUAUGGGUAGAUGGCAGUCUGGAGAUUAUGCCAUGUUUUCCUUUUCUUCCUAUGUUGAAAAUUCUGGUUGCUAUGGCAACAAAUAGUAUGAAAAUAUGGCAAAUUUUACACAUAAACUGGAUCCAGUGUUAACACAAAAAGUAAUAGAAAUAUUUUUAUGAAACUUGUAAUAUGGGUAGAUGGCAGUCUGGAGAUUAUGCACGUCUUUUCCUUUUCUUCCUAUGUUGAAAAUUCUGGUUGCUAUGGCAACACAUAGACUGAAAAUAUGGCAAAUUUUACACAUAAACUGAAUCCAGUGAAAACUCAAAAAGUACUGGAAAUAUUUUUGUGAAACUUGACAUAUGGGUAGAUGGCAGUCUUGAGAUUAUGCAUGUCUUAUCUGUUCUUCCUAUUUUGAAAAAAUAUUGGUUGCCUUGGCAACAAAUAGGCUUAAAACAUGGCAAAUAUAACAAUAUUUGUGAUUAGUCAAAAAGAGCUGAAUUUUUUUAUGAAAUUGCAUCUUUAAUUCAAGAGUUAUCUCCUCUUUAAGAAUUUUGCUUUUAAAAUGUUAUAUUUUGGUAACAGGGAUGUUUCAAAUAUUAACUUUACAGUGUCCUUCAGUCCGUCUGUCUGUCUGUUCAUAAAAACUGUUUCCUGUGAUCACUUUUAAAGAACUUUUCCAACAAAUUUACUUAAAAUAGAGAAAAAUUGAAACAUUAGUGAAUGACCAAUGGCCCUUCAGAAUGUUGAUGGGGUUCUAACCGGUAGGGGACUUAUGGAUUGCUUGCAAUACUAUGAUAAUUGCUUGUUACACUUUAAACUAAUGGUGAAUUUUUCCAUUUUCAAAGCAUUACAAGUCCAUUACAGAAAUUGAUUGGAAUAAAGUUUUGCACACUUUUUAGUGUGUGACAAUAACUUUAACAGGACUGAUUUAUUAUUUUGAUAAUCAAACAUUCCAAAUUGUUAAAAAGAUACUUAGCCAGUAUUACUGUUUUAUUAAACAUUAAAAAAUUUGUACAUUUCGAACAGCUUUAUACAUACAUGUAUGUUAUGUAUACAUAAAAAUUAAUAUAAAAACCUAGUUAUCUUAAUGAUUUAACUUAAAUUGAAAGAAUUGAACAUGAUGCCCCUAUCAAAAGAAUAUUCUUUUUCUUUUUUUUUGAUUGAUGGUUUUAUAGUUUAGUUACAAUAAUUCAAAAUAUGGUAGUAUGGUUAUUGUGAUUUUAUGAUGAUUAUUUCAUAUUUUUCUUGAGAAAGAGGAUAUAUAUAGAGAAAUACUAUUUUUAUAGAAAAAAAAAGAUCCAAUGGAAUGUUAAUAAUAACGUGUGUAAAUAUACUGUAUAAAUAUAUAUAUAUAUAAGUUAAUCAGUAUUGUAAUGUGGUUGAUGAAGUAUGAUGAACUAAUGUUAUCAAAAUUGCAACUGUUUUGUAAUCAUUUAAGUUGGCUGGACAUUUAUGUCAUAUAAAUACAUAUAAUAGUUAGAUGCCAAUAAGAAAAAACAUUUGAAACAGACCAAUUUAACUCAAGAACUUGGGCAACUCAAAAACGAGAACGCAUAAAAUGUUUCUGUUAUCAUAUUCUAACAACAUGCCAAGUUUAAAGAAAUUCUAUUGAAAAGUUUUUAUUUUGCCUGUAUGUCUAUAUGAAAACUCCCGUGUUAAAGAUCAACAUCUAUCUAUAUUAGUCAUUGACUUUCUUAUGUAUGUUUUUCUAAAUACAUGUGACAUUAAAAUGAACGGUUAAAUAUUCUAAAUUGUGGUCAGUUUGUGUGAAAAUAACCUUAUAAAAUUUAAUUUACACAAUUAUUAUGUUUACUCGUCACUGCGGGUGAACGGACAGAAUUUUCAACCCCUGCAUUUACUUGUAUAUUGAUACUGUAUCAUAUUUAUUAUGAAAAUGAUGCUGCAUUUUUUACAACCAACACAUGUAAUUGUAUUACCUUGAGUUUUGUGAAUACACAUUUUUAAAAGAUAACCUAUAGGGCGCACCAAUUCUUGUAUGUUAAACACUUUUUAUCAACUGGUGCUAUAUUUAGAAGCAUUAAAGUGGAAGGUAUUUGUCUAAAACAUUUGUGUCCGGUUUGCUUAAUUGCUAAAUUAAUUUGGUUAGAGAACAAUCUCUUUAUCAUGCCAAAUAUCUUUGACAAUAAAGUGAUACUAGUAUCUGAAAUAAGAUUAUGUGAACUGCUGGUAUAUUACUUUGUAUGAAAAAAAGUUGAUAGGUUAUAUGCCCCAGGAUCUGAUGGUUAUAAAAUAUUAUAUAUAUAACCUAGGCAUAAAGUAAGGGUCAUACAGAAAAUAACUGUUUACAGUAAACAAUUCUUUAAUAUUAACUGCCAAUGAAAAUUGGCAUUUCAAACAAUUCAUGUUAUAUAGCCCAUUAAUUGUCCAAUGAAAAUUGGCAUUUCAAACAUUUCAUGUUAUAUGACUACAGUGCAACCUCUGCAGAAAGGCCCUCUGUAGACCAAGAAUCACAUCAGUAUCAAAUUUUUACAGAGUAACACUUCACCAUAGAUUUAACCUCUAAAGCAAUACCUCUCAAACAGAUACCAAAAUCUUUGUCUCAAAGGGUGUUUCUUUGCACUGGUUCUACUGUAUAUUAUAUUAAAUUGUAAAUUACAACUUUGUCAUUCGUUAUCACAUAAUUACUAUAUAAAGUGGUGUGACGACCUUGUUAUCAGUAAGGUCAUAUUGGAAUAAGUACACUGUGUAUAACUAUUCAAGUUUUUGUUUUGGUCAAAGGGUGAUUACUUAAUUCUGUCUUUUGUCCAUUGUUAAUAAAUGAUAAAUGAAUAAAAUUACACAAAAUAUA